ACCCCAUCAUUUGGUGGGUGGGUGUUGUCGCUAACUAUACCUCUACUUCAACAAAGAAAGUGGUGAGUUGCCAGAAACCAGGGAUGUUGCAUCUGAAGGAUUAUGCUGAAUCCUUUCCAGAGAACCACUUUUUGUAAAAAGAUAAAUUUUAUCCUAAAAUAUUUUCUAAAUUUACUUCGGCACUCUAUCCAAGGAAAAUAGUUUAAGUAUUGUGCCAUGGAACUACUAUCUGUAGAAUUAGAACAACUUCCCCUCAGCGAAGGUCUAUCUUUAUGCAUCAGGUGGUGUCAGAUGGCCUGUGUGGGGUGGGGAAUCUGCCAAGGUCGCAGUUAUGCAGGCUGGCCAAGGAGACACAGGACAGGCAUCUUAAGCCUAGCACAUUUACAAACAGGUGGUGAAAUUAAAAUUUUGUUCUUUUUUAAUUUUUUUUCUCUUGGCUCCCAUAAUUGCUGCUUUUCUUUAGGUAAAACAGCCUUUUUUCUUUAUUUUUGGUUUUCAUCUCCCAGAUGUUAAUUUGAUGCCCUUCCCUAGGAGUCUUCUCAUUAGUGAAGUUGGCCUGAAGGUCAUAAACCAUAAUCGAUAUGGUAGCUGCAAGGUGCUAAUUGUCGUCCUCAGAGAGGGACAGUAUCAACAAUCAAUAGGGAAGAGCAGAACACCAGUGGAUUUGUGGCUCUGGUUUUGAAAAGGUGUGGGAAUGCCCUGUGAUGCUUUCCCCCGUACUCCUUUUGAAUGUUAAUGCUUUCUUGGGGAUGAUUUCAGACACACUGCUAGGAUACUGCCUCUAUUCGCUGAAGCAGAAUCCUCUGAAGAGUUGCUGAGGCAGAACUGAAAUCAUCGCUCGCCUCAAAGAAGCAGCCGAGUCGGCCGCUAAUGAUGCCUCACAGAAAGACGAUGCUCCUUUAACUCAAGGGUUUUAACGGGAAGUUUCUAAGCCUGAAACAACAGCUUUAGAUCUGGGGUGUGCCAUCAGCUGCUCGCAGCCCCCACUGUCUACUGCUUUCACACAGCCUGGUCGGUCAGGAGGAAUGGAAACUGAAGAAGCUUAUAACUACCUGUAACAGUUCCACCAGGAAAUGGAUCAAGUGUGUUCAGCCAGAUCCAGCUGGCACCCUGAAGUUUGAAUUCAGUACCCUGGACUGUGAGAGGCUAGAGAUUUGAGUGAACCCCUGUUGAAAGAGGCAAUGAUCGUCGAACGGCAAGAAAUGCCUCAAAGAGUCUGUUAUUUAAUGAGGGGAAGAAGAUGAACCCCGUGGAGACAUAAGAAGGUGCUGCCACAGAAAUGCAGAUAACUUAGCCUCUCCACGGUGCCAGCACCAUGAUCUCAGCAGACUGAUGAUGGAACAAAAAGAAACGGGGCGAUCCCCUGCUCUGUCUUCCCCAGACAAUGGAUGGAGGACAGCCGGUUCCUUCACCCCUGGUGCCCUUCGGGAACACGUUGUCAGAGUCUAGCAUGUCCCUGGAGCAAAAGACCACGUUCGUUUUUGUGAUUUUGUUGUUUAUCUUCCUGGGCAUCCUCAUUGUCAGGUGCUUCCGGAUUCUUCUGGACCCCUAUCGGAGCAUGCCGACCUCAACCUGGGCUGAUGGACUUGAAGGCCUGGAGAAAGGGCAGUUUGACCAUGCCCUUGCUUAGCAGGGGGAGCAAGACCCCCUCCUGAGGAGGUGAAGUGAUUCAUGUCUUGGCAAAGAAUUCUCUUUCAUCACUGUUCUCAGCAAACUGAGUUUUAGCAGCAUCUGUUCCUAAGACCACCAUCCAUGAUUCAGUAAGCAUGCUGUUGGGUUAAAACAUUGAGAACAUUGGAAUGGAGAUUUACAUUACUGACCAAAAAUAGAUAGGUUUAAAUUUCUGUGCACAGUCAAUGAAGGAACACUGUCGAAUGUCUGCAAUGGAGAGACCACGAGCAUCGAUGCUGAUGUAAACUUUGCCGUAGGAGGAAGUGCUACCCAACCCAACCCGGGAAUAAAGACCAGAAAGGAUCUGGUCUGAAUCUGGUGACAGGGCCAAGAGGAUGUUUUCUUGCUUUAGUCCUGUCCCUCAGGCUGCUUUAUUUUCAUGGGAAUCUGGGUCCCAGGCAGGGAGUGAGAAGACUGUGUUCACUGGACCAAAAGCAGGCGCUUGUUUU